CAGGAGGUUGAGUCCAAUUUCCUGGAACCUUCGGGGGCCUGUCUAUUCUCUUCCUCCUCUAGUUCCCACACAUAUAAAAAGGAAAUAAUUUAAAUAAGUGCAAGUUGGGGGAAGCCACAGCCUGGAAUUGUGCGCCAAACUAAUUGAGAUUCUCUAUCCCUGUCUAUAUCAGUUUUCAUUUCUUUGUUCCCUUUUAACUUGAAGUUGGAAAUUAUUUUUCAAGUUACAUAGAGAUUCUGGCGAGCCAGAAAGGAAGAGCAAAAAAAGAUCAAUAAACAUAUGCAAAUGGGCUACAUCGGAGAAGCCAGUACAGCUUGUACCCUUUCAAAUUGUUGGUACUAAAAUUUUAUAAAUCAUCAGAACUUCACAAGUGUUAGUCAAAACCUAAUUAAUUAACCUUAAAAAAGGAUUAUCUCCUUCCUCAGGAAGGUACUUGCAAACUUCCCUAUGUAUAGCAUAAACCUGAGUAGAAAUAUAAUAAGCUAAUCAAGACAAAAAUCUAUAAUGCCCUCCCCAAUAAGUGCCUCCUUAAAUUACAGACUGUAAUGAAAUUGUUCAUUGGCCUUUUAAUUUUAUUAAUAAAAUACCCUUUUGCUUCAAAUUUCCACAUGACUUCCACCUUCAAUCCACCACUAUAAAUACUCCUCUGAAUUCUUUCAAGCCCAUAGCUUCCUAAGCUAAUUCUCAUCGCCUUAGUUAGUACUAUUUCUUGAAGUGUAAAAUAUCAAUCAAAAUAACUAAAAUGAAGCUCUUGCUUGCAUCAUUCCUGAUUCUUUCACUGGCUCUUUGCUCCUCUUUACUUCAAACAGCCAUGGCUUCAGCUCCACCAUAUAUGGCUGCACCACCACCUACCACAGCUGCUCCAAGUGAUUGUGAUUUGAAGUGUGGGACAAGGUGUAGCAAUGCAGGAUAUAAGGAUAGGUGCUUGAAGUAUUGUGGAAUCUGCUGCCAAGAGUGCAAAUGUGUACCUUCAGGAACCUAUGGAAACAAAUCAGAAUGCCCUUGCUAUAGAGACAAGAAGAACUCCAAGGGUCAAUCCAAGUGCCCUUGAACUGAUUAAUAUUUCUUGAAACAUUUAUGAAUAUGAACAAAUUCUCGUUUGCUUUUGGAAUAAAUGAAUUUUUUGUUCUACUCCUAAAUUAUGUUACUACUUUUUGAAUUUUAAUAUUAAAUUUCAGUUUUACCUUU